UAAAAUCAAAAACUACUAUUUCUCUAAUCUCAGUAACCUUCCCUAAUUUUUCUUCCAUCCCCAAAUCUGAAAAUCCCUCUUCCCUAUUUCAUGGCCCAAAGCUUCAAUUAAUUAUAAAUUCCCCAAAAUGUCCACCGCGACCUCCACAAUUAACGCCAGGGUCCCCACCUCGACUCGAUCCUCCGAUGACAUCGUCGACGCAACGCCGUUGAUUUCCCCUGCCUCCCAUGGCGAAUCCGGGAACAAUUCCGCCACUCGAUCCGCCCGCCGUCAAUCCCUACGCGACGCCGCGCGAUUCCUGCGUCGCGCCAGCAGUCGUCGCAUGAUGCGGGAGCCCUCGAUGCUGGUGCGCGAGACCGCCGCCGAGCAGCUCGAGGAACGGCAGAGCGACUGGGCGUAUUCGAAACCUGUGGUGAUUCUCGACAUUAUCUGGAACUUUGCGUUUGUGGCGGUGGCUGUGGCGGUGCUGAUAUUAAGCAGGGAAGAGCAUCCCAAUAUGCCAUUGAGGCUGUGGAUUGCUGGGUAUGCGUUUCAGUGCGUGUUGCAUAUGCUUUGUGUGUGUGUGGAGUAUAGGAGGCGGCGGAGGAGGCGAGUGGCAUUUGUAGGGAUGGAGCGAGGGCUUGGAAGUGAUGGGAAUUCGAGUUCCGGAUCGAGAGGGGAUUCUGGGGAGUAUGUUACGUUGGCUCAACUGGAGGAAGAUGGAACCAGCCACAGCAGUGUUGCAAAGCAUCUGGAAUCUGCGAAUACAAUGUUUUCUUUUAUCUGGUGGAUCAUUGGCUUUUACUGGGUAUCUGCUGGUGGCCAAACUUUGGCGCAUGGUUCCCCUCAACUCUAUUGGCUUUGUAUAAUUUUUCUGGGUUUUGAUGUGUUCUUUGUCGUUUUCUGUGUUGCUCUGGCAUGUGUUAUCGGCAUUGCUGUUUGCUGCUGUCUUCCCUGUAUUAUUGCAAUCUUAUAUGCUGUCGCUGAUCAGGAAGGAGCAUCUAAGGAAGACAUAGAUCAGCUCCCAAAAUUCAAAUUCCGUAGAAUUGGUGAUAAUGAGAAACUUGCUGCCGAGGCACAAGGACCUCUGGGUGGAAUAAUGACCGAAUGUGGCACAGAUUCACCAGUGGAACAUGUUCUUUCAGAGGAGGAUGCGGAAUGUUGCAUCUGCCUCUCUGCUUAUGAUGAUGGAGUUGAGCUAAGGGAACUUCCUUGUGGUCACCACUUCCACUGUGCCUGUGUAGAUAAGUGGCUGUACAUUAAUGCUACCUGCCCUCUCUGCAAGUACAAUAUCUUGAAGAGUAGCAGCCGAGUUAGGGAGGAAGUGUAGAAGGAUUGAGGAUACCGUUGUGGAGUUUGGACUUUGCAUUUGGUUAUAGCUUUGGGAGUUUUCAAUGCACAGCAUGCCAUUACUCUAAAUACAGACUUCUUGUUGUGGUAGUAAGUUAUGGCUGUUGUAGUGGUGGUGGAACUCUUUGUUCUUGCUCUGGCUUGUGAAAGUGCGUAUGUACAUUGGUGUCGCUCAGGGCACCUGAUGCUAACCUCGUUGGAGCACUAGUUCGCUUCUUUUUUUUUUCUUUUUCAUUUAAUCUUCUUCGCCCUCUUUUCUAUUAGUUAGGGAACAUAUUAUAGAUUUAUGUAUACUACUCUCCAAGGUUUUUCCUGUGAUUUAGCAUUGGGAGUGUUUUCAAGGGUUCUUAUUGAAUCUGUAAAAGAUGUGUUGCCAAAGGAAUAAGAUAUGAUUCCAUUUAA